AUGGGGUCGACAUUGAUCGAAGUUAAAAUCAGAGCCUUAAUAUGCGACUCGCCAGCGAGAGCUUUGGUUAAAGCUGUAACUAUUUGUGCAAGCAAGACACAUUUUCAACUUCUACCAGUCGCAGAAACAAUGUUAAAGCACUUCGUUGACAAUUAUGGCAAGUUUUAUGGCCAAGAGUACAUUACAAGCAAUGUUCACAAUUUAAUACACGUAGUAGACGAAGUAAAGAGAUUUGGAACCUUGCAGAGCUUUAAUGCUUAUCCUUUUGAAAAUAAAUUGAGUUCUAUAAAGAGGAUGAUCAGAAAAGGAAACCAGCCACUUCAGCAAAUUGCUAAUAGAUUAAUACAGAUACAUAAUAUAGAAGUAGAAACUUAA